AUGGCGUCAGGCACCUACCUGCGCUUCCUGCAGGCGCCGAACACUGGAGAUCUUGCCAGCGAUGCCACAAUCAACUACAUCACCACCACGACCACCAUCAGCGAGCCGACCGCCAUCUUGAAGCACUUCAGUGCUCAGGCCAAACAAGUCGAGAAGAAGAAUGAGCAGAUACUCUACACUAUCGAGGGCGACAAUGGCUGCUGCGUUGAGACGGCCACGACGCUGCAGUUCCGUAUGGGAGGGGGUGCCUACCUUCCUGGAAUGGAUUCCAACAUGCUCGACGAGCGUCAGGUCACGUUCCCGCUCACCCAUGUGGUGAGCUACGACAGUGCCGGCAAGAUUCAGCAGAUCCGCCUCUACUGGGACCAGGGCACGCUCCUCAAGCAAGUUGAGGCAAUUGGCAAGACUGGUCGUAACUGGCCCAUCAGAGAUGGCACGGCUUUAGUCAAUGCCGUGACUGCUAGCGUCAAGUCCGGAGGCGGCCAGAACACGCACAGCAAUGGCAAGCCAUCAGAGUCGCGCAAGCCGAACGAAGUAGUUAUCCAAGGCCACCAGAAGCGCGACAGUGUUUCUGUGACACGCGAUCCACACGCAAGCUUGGCUCUGUUUGCAGAGCGCGACCCGAACGAGGACGGCCGAACUUACUCAGGUCCCAAGUACGACAAGGUAAAGUCUGCUAAGCCUGGCCCACGCGACUAUGGUGAGCUUUUCGCCAGUGAAGAGACUGCUGCCGCUACGGGAGCGACUGCCAGAAGCCAGUCACCUCACAAGAACGACGGCACUGUACUCAAGGCCGGCGCGGGUAAGCACUUCAAGGGCAACCGCUUGUUCGAGGAAGACGAGAACCCCUCUCCACCUCGUUCUCCGGAACGCAAGAAGACCUAUGACCAAAAGUACGAGCACUUCGCCUUCGGCAACGGUGAGGACGCACCCAAGGAGAACAGACCACCGAGCAAGGCAAAGGGUAACCAGAAUGCUACCUUCAGCUUUGAGGACUUCGCGACCCCUCCGAAGCACGUCGAGAAGCAGAAACCAGAUUUUGAGCGACACUGGGGUGCCGGUGUGGACGAGGACGACCCGAGCUCUCCACCCAAGCGACCGAUCGUACACGCCGCCCGCAAGGAUGCGGCACCUCACUUCGAGCUGGUAGACGACUCCCCAAUGCCUGUAGGCAAGAUUUACAAAACAGCUGGUGACGGCAUGGGCUCGCGCAAGGGUGGUGAAGGAUGGUGGGAUGUCGACUCUGAUCCUGAAGUGGAUGAACCCGCGGCUAGAAAGAAGGCCCAAACCACCAGCGUGAACAACGCUCGUCGGGGUAAUGACUUCAACUCGCAUCAGGCCAUGACAGAUAAGUCGCCUGCUGUGGAUAAAGCCCAGAAGACAAAGCCCAGCACGCGCCCUGAUCAGAAGAGCAGCUGGUCGCAUGGAGAGUCGGCAGGCAAGAAGAUAUACAAAACUGCCGGAGAUGGCAUGGGUUCCCGUUCUGGCGGUAGAGCAUGGGGCAUCGGAGACGACAGCGAUCCUGAAGUCGAUGCUGACGUGCGUCCCAGUGCGAGAUCACGACGUGCACAACAAGCGCAAACGAACGCUGGAGCCGGCGACAGCGAUUUCUGA